CUUGGUUGAUUUGUUUGAGCGAGUGUUUCCUGACUUUGAGGUUAGUGGUAUACUGCGUCAUCGCCACCUCACAGUCGCACUAUGACUGCAUGAUCUUCAGCCCAUGUGGGGCCCCAGGAAAUGUCAACUGUCAGCAUAUCUGAGAGAAGGUGUGGCGUUACAAUGCCUGGGUCAGCACGGAGAUGCCCUGGUGGCGUUCGCCAGGGGGCUAGCCCAGGACCCCACCAAUACACAUCUUCUACAGGGCAUUAUCGAUGCUGCACUCAAAUCUCCACUCAAAGCCAAGCUGGAGCCCGUGUUCCAGCAGCUGGAGAAGAUGAAGCUGGACAAGAGCCCGUUUGUGGUGAUAUCCGUGAUUGGUCAGGAGCUGUUGGGGAGCAGUCAUUACAGCCCAGCUAUCAGCGUGCUGGAGUCCGCGUUGAAGAUCGGCAGCUGCAGUAUGAAGCUGCGAGGGUCAGUGUUCUCUGCUCUCAGCAGCGCCCACUGGGGACUGGGCAACAUGGACAAGGCUGUGGUGUACAUGCAGCACGACCUGGCCGUGGCACGACAGCUAGGUGACCAAGAAGGAGAAUGCCGAGCCAGGGGUAACUUGGGUGCUGCUUACUUCUCUAAGGGCCACUACAAAGAGGCGCUGUCCAAUCACCGCUUCCAGCUCGUGCUGGCUAUGAAAGUAAAAGAUCGGAAAACUGCCGCAUCAGCUCUGAGCAGCCUGGGACACGUGUACACAGCAAUUGGUGACUACCCCAACGCCCUUGCAAGUCACAAACAGUGCGUUAUUCUCGUCAAGCAGAGCGGCGAUAAACUCUCCGAGGCACGCGAAAUCGGAAAUGUUGGUGCCGUGUACCUGGCAAUGGGAAACUUUGAAAACGCAGUAGAGUGCCAUUCGGAACAUUUGAAACAUGCCAAAAAGCUAAAGAACAAUGUAGAGGAGGCGAGAGCCUUGAGCAAUCUGGGCAGUGCGUAUCAUUACAAACGGGACUACGAGAAAGCAAUAACCUAUCACAACGAGGUGUUAAAGAUAGCAGAGAUGAAAGCAGAUAAUGUGCUUGAAGCUCGCGCUUACGCAGGCCUCGGCCAUGCCGCCAGGUGCAAGCAGGAUUUUGCUAUGGCCAAAAAAUUUCAUGAAUGCCAAUUGGACAAUGCGUUAAAGACUAAAGACCGAGUUGCGGAAGGUAGGGCGUGUUCGAAUCUGGGAAUUAUUUUUCACCAGAUUGGCGAACAUGAAGCUGCCCUAAAGCUGCACCAGGUUCAUUUACAGAUCGCAGAGGAGGUGGGCGACAAAGCCAGCCAAGGGAGAGCACUGGGUAAUCUUGGAAAUGCCCACAGUGCUCUCGGACAGCACGAAAAUGCUGUCAAACUUCACAAACAGGAACUUGCAAUCGCGGCUGAGGUCAAUGAUCGCCAUUCUGAAGGAGCAACGCAUGGAAAUCUGGCAGUGGCCUUCCAAGCACUAGGCAUCACGGAAAAGGCACUUCAUCAUUACAUGCAACAUCUGAACAUUUCGCGUGAGCUCAAGGACACGGGGAGCGAAGCACGCGCUUUGUGUAACAUUGGUAACUUCCACAGUGCUAAAGGGGAUUUCAAAACGGCGAUUCCGUAUUACGAACAGUACCUAGUGUUGUCCCAGGAGCUGCUGGAUCUCCCAGGAGAAGCUAAGGCCUGCUUUAAUUUAGGUUACGCCCAUUUCUCAUUGGGUAAUUUUAUGGAGGCCGUGCGAUACUAUGAACAAGAUCUGGCGUUGGGCCGAGAAAUGAAGGACAAAUCCAACAUGGCAAGAGCCUAUUGUAAUUUAGGCUUAGCCCAUAAAGCUUUAGAAAAUUUUGAAGACUCCAUGGAAUGUCAAAAAAAGUUCUUGAGUCUAGCACACGCGAUCAAGAAUGUUAACGGGAAGUUCCGCGCAUUGGGAAACAUAGGCGAUCUAAUGAUCAAGAUGGGGGAAACCUCCGAAGCCAUCAAAAUGUACACGCAACAGGUUCAGCUGGCUCAGCAGUGUGGCAGUAAAGACUUGAUAGCUACGGCAUACGGGGCGCUGGGUGCCGCGCAUAGGAUGAUAGGGGAAAAUGAGAAAGCUUUGGAAUACCAUAAGCAAGAGCUGAGUAUUCGUCAGGACAUCGGUGACCUGAAAGGCGAGUGUCGUGCCCAAGGAAGCAUGGGAAAUGUCCAGAUUUCUCUUGGGGACUUUCAGAGCGCUUAUCAGUGUUAUGAGGUACAAUUAGAGAAAAGCCGGGAACUUCAGGACGCUUUGCUGGAAGCUCAAGCAAGCGGGAACCUGGGUAUUAGCCAGAUGAACAUGGAACAUUUUGAGGAUGCCAUCGGCAUGUUUGAACAGCAGCUGGCGCUCCUGGAACAGUCCAACGGUCCCAACGUGCUCAGCGACAGGGGCAAGGCUUACGGGAACUUAGGUGAUUGUUAUGAAGCACUCUGUGAUUUUGAAGAAGCCGUCAAAUGCUACGAACGUUACUUGUCUGCCUCCCAGCAGGCAGGAAGCCGUCCCGAUCAAGACAAGGCUUACAGGGGCCUUGGAAAUGGACAUCGGGCCAUGGGAAACUUACAACAGGCCCUGGUGUGCUUUGAGAAGCGCCUUGUGGUCGCACAUGAACUGGACAAUGCUACAGCCAAAGCUUCGGCCUACGGGGAGCUGGGCUGCUUGCACAGCCUUCUGGGUAACUUUGAGCAGGCUGUGUCAUGUUUACAGAACCAGCUGCGGAUCGCGAAGGACACAGGAGAUAAACUAUGUGAAGGUGAUGCAGCGUGUGGCCUGGGAGGGGUAUACCAGCAGAUGGGGGAGUACGAUACAGCUCUUAAGUACCAUCAGCUAGACCUACAGAUAGCAGAGUCCAUGCAUAAUGCUGCCAGUCAGUGUCGAGCCUAUGGUAACCUGGGUCUGUCCCAUGAGUCUCUGGGUAACUAUGAGCAGGCGAUACGCUUCCAGGAGCAACACCUGAGCCUAGCUGCCCAGAUGAGCGACCGAGUUGCCAAAACAUUGGCCUUCAGCAGUCUAGGUCGUGUGCACCAUGCCCUAGGGAACUACGUCCAAGCCGUCCAGUACCUCCAGCAGGGGCUUCAGAUUGCCGAGCAGCUGGGGAGGCGGGAAGAUGAGGCUAAAAUCCGCCACCGUCUGGGCCUGGCACUCUGGGGGAAGGGCGACCUGGAGGAUUGUCAGAUACAACUGUACCGCGCAGCUGAGCUGUUUGAGAACAUCCGCCGCGAUUCGCAGGUCGGCAGGGACUACAAGCUGUCACUGUUUGACCUGCAGACAGCAUCCUACCAGGCACUACAGCGAGUUCUGGUAUCUCUGGGACGUCAUGAUGAAGCACUCCUGGUGGCUGAACGAGGCUGUACCCGGGCGUUUGUCGACCUGCUCAUGGAACGACAGUCAGAGAGCGUGUCGCAUUUCGGUACAGCCCCUGUUGAUGCCACGCCUGUUACAGUGGAGCAGCUGGUGGGCGUGGUCAGUCAGCAAAAGUCCAUUGUGCUGUGUUUCUCAGUUGCCAUGGGUUACUUGUACAGCUGGUUAAUUACACCAUCUGAAGGUAUUGUGAAGUUCCAUCAGUGCUGUAUGGCAGAGUUAGAGUCCAGCUCCCAGCCUGAGGACUGCCAAAGUCUCAACACCUCCUCCACCUCACUCCUGGACCACUUCAUCGGGCACACCCGAGAGUCCCUAGGGGUAGAGAGUCAUCUAAACACUCAUCAAGGCCUCAGCAGAUCCCUGUCAAUUGGGAGUCGCGUUGUGAUGAGCGAGACUGAAAGCGAGGCUGAUGAUGUCUGGCAGCAGCAGUUGGAGGAGUUGGGAGAGAAGCUGAAUGCCGAGUCAGACAGGACGGGCUUCCUUCAGAUGGUCAACCGUAACCACCUGUACAACAGCAGUAAUUACAGCCUCAGUAGCCUCUUCAGCCUGUCUACCAGUCUCAACGGCUUCACAUCGGUUAAUUCUGUUCCAAAGACAACCGACAGAAAAGACGGCGCCACGAAAACCCCAGUUACAGCCCUCUAUGACCUCCUGAUCCAGCCGAUGAUGGAAGCCAUGUUGUCCGUGACAGAGAUGGUGUCCGGGACACCUGACCUUGUCCUAGUUCUUCAAGGUGAUCUCUUUCUUAUUCCUUUCCCGGUGCUCCGUGGCACGCAGAUGCAAGAUUUCCUGUUUGAGAAGUUUAACUUGAUGGUGGCACCAUCGAUUACCUCCCUUCAUCAUGCGGAGAAGCUCGACAAACAUGGCCGCCCUCUGAUCGAUUCCGCUGGCUCUGUUGUAGUAGGUAAUCCCAAACUCCCACCAGCCGUCAGAACUCAUUGGCUCUUCAGGGAGCUGCCAGGGACUGAAUACGAAGCAAACAUCGUGUCAGAGCUGUUAACGUGUCGACCUCUGAUUGGCCAGGAUGCCAAUAAAGAUGCUGUGCUUCAGGAGAUAGAACAGGUCGAGGUGGUACAUUUCGCCACGCACAUUUCCUGGCGUCUGUCGGCGGUGGUGCUUACACCGAGCGAAAUGACGUCCUCCUCACAGAGGUACCACCAUUCUGUGUUUGACGCUGAUGACAUGGCUGACAGCCACAGUGACAUUAGCUCUAUUGGGGGUCCGUCGUUGGCUGACUUCUUACUCACAGCCGCUGACAUCCUCAACCUUCAGUUGCACGCCAAGCUUGUUGUUCUGAGCUCAGGCUACACGGACGAGCGUGCCGGACGGAUAAAUGCUGAUGGUGUUGUUGGCUUGACUCGGGCUCUUCUCUCCGCCGGAGCUCAGUGCGUCCUCUACUCUCUGUGGCCUGUACCUGACAACGCUGCUAAACUGUUAAUGCGGACGCUAUACACCAAUCUCCAGCAAGGUUCUCGUGUGUCCCAGGCCCUCAGCCAGGCCAUAAAGGUGGUACAAACCACACGACAGUUCUCCCACCCUUCCAACUGGGGCGGUUGGGUUUUGGUGGGCAGGAAUAUCAAGCUGAGCAGCAAGGUAGCUCUCAUGGGACACGCUAUCUGUGAGCUGCUCCAGUAUCCAGGCCAGUGUCGGGAAGCCAUGAGAGUACUGCUUCAUCUGAUCGAGAAGUCUCUACAGCGAAUUCAUCAGGGAAUAAAGACAUCCAUGUACACAACCUACCAGAGCAUUGAAAACAAGGUGGGCAGGAUGAACGGCUGGAAAGACCUGCUACAGGCCGUGGGAUUCCGCUUCGACACUGCUAAAAAUGGAAUCCCGUCUGCAGUGUUCUUCCCGCACACAGACCCAGGUGACAGGCUGACACAGGCAAGCGCUAGUCUACAGGCAUUGCUAGGUUUGCCAGCCAAUGGCCUACAGGCACUGUCAAAGUUCCUGUCUAACUAUGAAGCAGGAGAGGCUCUCAUGACACUGAUUCGUGAUGUCCUGGGAAAACUCAGCCCUAAGGAACUGUCUGUGGAGGUUCCCAUCAAUGUCAAGCUGUGGCAGGUCGAAGGCGUCCACGAGUUUCUGGCCUCUCUAGGGUUUGACUUGGUGGACGUGGGCAAAGACGAGGUCACCUUGAGAAUGGGCAAACAGGCUAACCGACGACACCUCCAGUUUGCCCUUCAGUCACUGGUGGCUGUGUUUGACACCCAAGAGGCUCCCCGCAGUUUGACGCUGGAUAGCUCUAGCAGCCUGGAAUCUCUCUCCUCCUCCCACAGUAGUUCCACAUCCACCUCCACCUUCUCUAAGGGCAGCUCCCCGCCGCUCUCCCCGCGCACCCGCAAACGCUCCCUCUUCAACCCGGCUGAGAUGGAGAAAGUGCGCAGCGUCCACAAGAACCAUCUCCUUAAUCAGGGAGGUCUCAUCGGUCGAGCUGGAGGCCUAAAAAACAAGAGCAAUCAACCAAAUCCCUCUCUGUAUUUGUCCCAUCAGAGUCGGAUUCGAUCGAUGUACCGUGGGAACGCCAUUGGCGCUGAAGAAUUCUGCAUGGACGAUUCCAGUAGCCAAGGCUCCUCCCCUCUAAGUUUUCUAGGAGAUCUCCACGAGCUGCCAGAAAACACAGAAAUUUCCUACCAGACAAACAGUCGAAGAGAGACAGGAAAUUCCUCAGUGUCUAAUGGAGAUCCUGUUGCCAGGAGCAACCGCUAUAGCAGCUCCUCCCAGAGUGAGGCUGAAGACUCGGGUCAAAAGUCACAGCAGGAGGAGUUCCAAUUUCGGCGGAAUUCCCUUGGUUCUCAGAGCAGCAGCACUCUGACAAGCAAGAGUUCCCAUGACAACCUAGCAGAAGAAUCUCUUGCUCAGACUUUGACAAAUCAGGAUGUGUUUUAUAACUUGGACAAUCAGUCCACGGACUCGGGAAGCGUUCAUAUUCCUGCUGAGGUUGAUACAUCGCAGGAACUGGAGUCAAGGAAUUCUGGGAGUUUAGCUUAUGACCCGGAGCAGAUUGCAAAAAUGGUUCUAGCGGAGGUCGGGAGAGAAAAGCAGGCCGUAGAAUCCAUGCAGAAAGUGAAUUUGAUGAAGUCUCAGCAGACUAGUUUUAUGCUACGCAGACAAUAUUCUGAUACGUCCCCCAACGGGGAUAGUCAGACCUCCCAAAAGGGAGAUAAUAAAGUGCAGACCGCUGAGAAGAUGUCAGCAUUUAAGACUGUACCUGCCAUGACAGGGCAGACCAGUUCUAGUCAUGCCCCAUUGUGUCACACUUCACCAUCAGGACUACCUCGCUCCCCCCAGCCUGGCUUUCACGCACGACAAGACAGUGGGCAGGGGAGAAGUUGUACCACCUCCGGCUCUGAAUCAGACCGCGAACCAGAAUCUCAUGGCGCUAAUCCCGCAUUCACAUCUUUACCACCAACGGGUCAGUGCAACAACAACAACACUUCCAGGAAGGUUCCUCCUCCAGUCCCAAGCAAACCUCUUCCCAGGAACCUUCUUCCACCGGAACCUCACCGGAACUCUGCCCAAUCUGGAGGUGACCCCAAGAGAAAGGUGUACGACACGAGCGUAGACAGCACAGACAGUGGUAUCGUGGAUGACAAAGCGCCCAACCACUCUACUGUAAGCCAUGUGGACCGUGGUGGGAAACCUAGCUUACCUCCACCUCCACAAUCCCGCGCUCCUCCUAAGUCUGUCCCGUACCAGCUGCCCCUUAGAGACCCGCCCCCACCUCGUGUUGGCAGGGGAGGUAAGCCCUUCCCUCAUCACCUCUCUCCUCAGCUCCGUCCCGAGAGUUCCGCCAGCACCAGUAGCCAGUGUUCUACAACUUCCUCCUCCUCCGUACAGACUGUGAUCUAUAGACCCCCAGACAGGAACAGUAGGGCGUCCUUACCUCCUCCACCCCCUGCCCCAGGACCGGCAAGCAGCGCACAGACCAAGCUAAAUGCCUCAAGGGUUAGGUUCUAUGCUGAUGCUGGGUACACAUCCAGUGAUGCAGAAGGAUCUGUGUCUUACAGAGAGGCGAGCGCGCGCCGACAACCACAGAACAAUCGGCGCAGCAUGGGAAGUGUUGACUCAUCCGACGCAGAGUCAGUGGACAGUUACUCUGGUAGAUGGCCCAGCCACAGGCAACAACAACAACGUCGCUAUUCAUAUCACCCAGAUGAGCACAAGCCCUCGCCCACAGACCAGUGGUCUGUGAGUCAGGACGGAAGAGCAAUGUAUCACUUUCCGGCCGGCAGACAAAACAACUCUUACCCAGACCUUACCACUGGUCCACCCCCUUACACUCCUCCUCAGCCCUACUCUGCUCAGAAUACUACUGCAAGGCCCCAUUCAGGGGAAGCCCCAAGGACUUACAACCAGGGGCCUUACAGGCAGGCUCCUGAGUCUGACCAAAAUCAAAGUGUGUACAGAGAGAAGCUUGGUUCCAGGCAUGACCCUCAUUUCUACAGACAAACUGAGCAGGCACCCAGGGGAACAUACACGUCCCACUCUUAUGAUCAGCCCCAGGGACAGAACACCUCUUACAAUGGUCAAGUUGACCAAUCAAAAGCCUGGAGGCAGGAUGUUCCGCCCCCAAUGUACUGGUCAGACAUUCGCUCAGAAAAAACUGACCACAGAACUGGCCAACCAAGGGAGGGCAUCCAGCUACAGACGAUUUACACCGAGCGAGCUCGUAAAGCUCUCCCCAAGGGGGCGGUCCUUCAGUCGUCAAAGUGCUAGCCAAGGCUGAUCAUGUAGCUCCACCCACUGACAGCUUUCAUCCAAUGAGAUUUGGUGCUACAAUUUGACGUUCCAUCCUGUCAUCAAGUUGCUUUAAAAGUGCAUCACUGCUGCAGAGUCACGAAAAUGGGAAAAAGAACAUAUUUUUGAUGGUUUUAUGAUUUUUUUUUUAUUGUAAACAAACUGACAAGCCGUAUGUACAAAUGACUUCCUGAGAAGAAUGCCAUUCAUGUGAAAUUUACAAAAUAUACCCAUUGGGACUAUGCACAAACCUAUUUAACAUUUCAUUGAUACAUGUAGAUGUGCUGUUUUGCUAGGAUAGUAUGUGUUACUUAUUCCCUGGGAGAUCCCAUUACUGAAUUGCUAACAAGACUGUGAUGUGGAGUUUUUGGUACCUUGUCACAUCUUGUAAAUCCGAUAAGGCUUGGUUGAUAUGUUAUACACUUCUGAAUGGCUGUUUGUUCGUUCCCAUGGCAACCAGCACACUUACCCCAACAAAAAUUAUACAAACAGCUAUACAUGUAUAUGAUACAGAAUAACUGAUACUACUUUACUAGUAUACCAUGUUCAUAGCAAAGCUUUAUAUCGGAACGCAGUAAAAUAAAAAUGAUUUAUAGAUGUAUGUAUAUAUAUAUAUAU